UACAAAUAGCUAGGGUGAGAAACCAACCACUGCACCCACCGUCCCAAUCAUCCCAGCAUCAUAAUUCAUUAGCAGAGCACAGCAAUCUUUCUUCUUCGUCGACGUCCUCUCGUCAAAUGGCCAAGAUCCAGCCCCUCCCCGCGCCCCCCUCGCCGCCGUCCUCCCAUGAUCACCGCCAGGGCCAGCGGGCGUACACGGUGUGGAUGAAGUCGCUGGUGUUCAACGGCAACGGCUGCGCGGUGUACGGGCCCGACGGCGCCAUCGCCUUCCGCGUCGACAACUAUGGCUGCAGGGGCGGCCGCGAGGUCCUCUUCAUGGACGGCGCCGGCAACGCCCUCAUCAGGAUCAGGCGCAAGGGCUUCCGCAUGUUCAGGAGGUGGGAGGUCAGCCGGUGCGAGGAGGAAGAGUCGACGCCGUGGUUCACCGUCCGCCGAGCCGACAAGGGCGGUGCCGCCGUGGCGAUGCACGGCGGCGCAAGGACGUGCUACAGGAUCGUCGGGUGCUCCGGCGCGCGCAAGCCGGAGUACAGAGUCCGGGCCGUGGACGGCGCGGUGGUGGCGGAGGUGGCUAGGAAGCAGACGCCGGCGGGGGUGGUGCUCGGGGAGGACGUGCUGACGCUGACGGUGGCGCCGGAGGUGGAUCACCUGCUCGUCUUGGGCUUGGCGGUCGUGCGCGGCCUCAUGAACCGCUCCUUGUGAGUUUGUGAUGGAUGCAUGGAGACGACAAUACUCUUCUUCUCGUUCAGUUCUGUAGCUAGGAACGUCGUAGGUGGUUCAUGCGACCAUUUUUUUAUUCAGACGAACGGUUCGGAAAGUUUUUGCCCAAACUGAGGACAUGAUCACUCUUUUUGGUGUAUGAUUUUUUUCCCUUCUCAAAGGGUUUUUCAAGACCAUAAUUGUACUUGUAACGCAACACACAAGUUGUCCAAUGAUUGCAUAAAUCUUUGGAUA